GUUUAAAGUAGAACUAUGACAUGCUGGAUUAAUGAGGUUAUCUCUCUUUCAGAUACUGUGGAGUGUAAAGCGUCGUCCAUGAAGAUCACGUUGUACCCAGCUGGAACCUUUAACGGCGUAAUCUACGUUGAUGGUAAAAAGGAUAAGGAAGGUUGUACGUUCCCAGACUCAAAUGGAACUCUAGAACUGGACUUACUGGACACAGCCUGUGGUGAAGUCACCUCCAACCCGGAAAGUGGUGAUCGGUCCCGAGUGAUAAAGAUGCAGUACAGCUCUAACUACAUCACCGACCGAGACACCAAGCUGACGGUCACGUGUUCAAGUGGAGCAGGAACAGUUGACGUCACGGCGGCCUUCACAAGCCAAGGCUCUGAUGGGAACACCAAGGAACAGGCUAUCCACAGCACGGCUGACAUCGUGUCUGACGCUGUAGACUUUGUGAUCAAGCUGAAGGAUGGUUCUGUUGUAUCCAGCUCCACUGUGGUGUCUCUAAAUGAUCAGCUCACCUUCCAGUUUAACGUAGACAGUGAAAAAGUGCCAGGUGGAGUAAGUUGCGAAUAUACUCGAAACCCCGGCAUAUCUUCCGGGAGUAUGCCUAGUAAAGUAAAAUCAAACGCAACACUGGAAGAGUGUAAAAAUGCUUGCAACGCCGAAUCCCAGUGCAAAUCUUUGGAUUACGUCAAAUCCAGUAUGAAUUGCUACAUGUUCCACUUCCACGUUGUGUUGUUAGACCGCACCCAGUACGUCGACCACUAUGUCAAAAAUUGUGGUUCUGGGGGAGUAAGUUCCAGAUAUACUCGAAACCCCGGCAUAUCUUCCGGGAGUAUGCCUAGUAAAGUAAAAUCAAACGCAACACUGGAAGAGUGUAAAAAUGCUUGCAACGCCGAAUCCCAGUGCAAAUCUUUGGAUUACGUCAAAUCCAGUAUGUAUUGCUACAUGUUCCACUUCCACGUUGUGUUGUUAGACCGCACCCAGCACGUCGACCACUAUGUCAAAAAUUAUGGUUCUGUAACAGUUACGCAGUGUGAGGCGUCUAAUGGUCAGUCGGAAGAUAACAAAGAGACUAUGAAGCUUAUUGAAAACAGGUUGGUGAUAGCAGCUCACAGCAAUAUUAACAUAACAUGUCAACUAUGCAGUUCACAGCAAUAUUAACAUGACAUGUCAAAU